AUGGAGAAUGUUACUCAACACCAGCCUUCUACAUUAACAUCUGGUGUUGUUGCAACUGAUGUUGCUGCAACUGAAAUUCACGUUGUUGGGCUUCCUCCACUUGGAAAGAAAAGAAAACCAAAUGCUAAUGGUCCUAGGAAAUCGUCUCCUGCAUGGGACCACUUUAUUAAAUUACCUAAUGAAACUGAACCAAUAGCUGCUUGUAAACACUGUCAUAAAAAGUAUUUGUGUGAUCCAAAAUCCCAUGGGACAUCUAACAUGCUUGCUCACACAAAAAUAUGCACCAAGAGGCCACAAAAUGAUCCUACUCAAACUGCCCUUUCCUUUGCUAGUGGAGAGGGUGGUGGCUUGGUUGCUGCAAGCCAACGAUUUAAUCUUGCAGCUUGUAGAAAGGCUAUUGCUCUAUUCGUGAUCCUAGAUGAACAUUCUUUUAGAGUAGUUGAAGGGGAGGGAUUUAAGUUGCUAUGCAAACAAUUACAACCCCAAUUAACUAUUCCAUCGAGGAGGACUGUGGCGAGGGACUGUUUUCAACUUUUUGUUGAUGAAAAAGUAAGAUUGAAAGGUUAUUUCAAAUCUGAUUGCAAUAGGGUAGCCUUAACCACUGAUUGUUGGACAUCCAUUCAGAAUCUUAGUUACAUGACCCCAACUGCACACUUUAUUAACAAUGAUUGGAAGUAUGUGUAA